AUGUGUGUCGAUUUAGCGAUAAACACCCCCCCCCCCCCCCCCACUAAAAACUUCUUCAUCAAACCCACGAUGAUCGAAAUUCCCUUUGCAACGCCCGCUGACCUCGAAUUGAGCCCACCUGGAAGUCCAGAUGGGUUUAAUGUUAGUGAAUCUUUGGCACCACGACGAGCAAACAGCGCCGCAGUGACCACAGCCAUUUCGUUUGACGGACUCCUGCAGGAACCGUUGAAACUGAAAGAAGAUAUCAAAGACGGAUGCGGUGGUCAGCUAUGGCCUGCAGGGAUGGCCCUGGCUAAAUAUCUUCUCUCGCGCCAUGCCACCGAUCUGUCUGAUAAAUCAAUCGUCGAAUUGGGGGCCGGAGGAGGGCUUGUGGGACUUGCAAUGGCCCGUGGGUGUCAUCUCGAGCAUCCCAUCUACAUCACAGACCAAGAACCCAUGUUCACUUUAAUGAAUGACAACAUCCAACUAAACAACCUCGGCCCAAAUGCGACUGCCGCGAUACUAAACUGGGGAGAACCGAUCCCAAAGCAGAUCCCAUCGAAGCCAGAUGUUAUCAUCGCGGCAGACUGCGUCUAUUUCGAACCGGCCUUCCCACUCUUGAUCGCCACACUCCAAGAUCUGCUGGGUCCAAAUUCAGUCUGCUACUUCUGCUACAAACGUCGCAGACGAGCGGAUCAGCGCUUCAUGAAGUUGGCCAAGAAACUAUUCGAAAUGGAAGAAAUCCGCGAUGAUGCCGACGCCUCCGCGUACAACAGAGAUAACAUCUUCAUGUACACCAUACGCGCAAAAAAGACCAAAAGCGCCAUGUGA